AUGUUUAGGUACAUGCGCUCAAGCCUAGAAGAGUUUGGAACUUCAAUAGAACCAACGAGACUGUUUGUAGACAAAUCAAGAUCAGAUAAGAAAGGCAUAUUGACGAGGGGAAAUAUGGUUCCAGUGAAGUCUACAAAUGAGAGUUUGGUUAGGUUUUGUACAAGUGGAAGACUACCAGUGAGCUUGUUUUGGCCAAGGCUCAACUUGGUUAACAAAGUUAGGUUACUAAUUGUGGGAGGAACUUGGUCAAAGAAACCAUUGGAAGCAAGAGACAAGAUCUCUAAUUUGUUGAGAUUGCCAAUUCUAAAAGGGAGUGAGGAACUGAACUGGCUUAGGUUGCUAAAUGAGGAAGGAACUUGGCCGAGAAAGCCAUUGGAGGUAAGAGACAAGAUCUCUAACCUGUUGAGAUUGCCAAACUCCGAAGGAAGUGAAGAGGAGAUGAAGUUGUUGUUGGAGAGAUUAAGGUAG